GAGGCCCGGUGAUUUUCCACUGGCGAUGGUAUCGCUCCGGCCCCCCCAAACCGGAGGAGACAAAGUUCACGAAGAGCAGCUUAUAAGGAGCACCCGUUUUUUGGGAGACGCUUACGUCUCGGUCUCAGCGGCAGACGACAAAGAGGGACUUUUUCUUUGGCUUUUUUUUUUCCAUUUCAGGAUAAUAGAAACCUAGACAAAAAGGUGUCGGAAAUCCAACGGACGGAGGCAGCAGAAUGGCUCAAAAGGAAAAACUGCAGUGCCUGAAGGACUUCCACAAGGACACUCUGAAGCCGUCUCCCGGCAAGAGUCCCGGAACCCGACCCGAAGACGAGGCCGAGGGCAAGCACCCCCAGCGAGAGAAGUGGGCCAGCAAGCUGGACUUUGUCCUGUCUGUCGCCGGCGGAUUCGUUGGUUUAGGGAACGUCUGGCGCUUCCCGUACCUCUGCUACAAAAAUGGCGGAGGUGCUUUCCUCAUCCCCUACUUCAUCUUCCUGUUUGGCGGAGGCCUCCCGGUUUUCUUCCUGGAGGUGGCACUGGGUCAGUUCACCUCUGAGGGUGGCAUCACCUGCUGGGGAAAGUUGUGCCCCAUCUUUACCGGAAUCGGUUAUGCCUCCAUCAUCAUCGUUUCCCUGCUGAACAUCUACUACAUCGUCAUCCUGGCCUGGGGAGUCUACUACCUAUUUCAGUGUUUCCAGCCCGAACUCCCGUGGGCCAAGUGUAACCAGCCCUGGAACACGGAACGCUGCAUCGAGGACACCUACCGCAAGAACAAAAGCCUCUGGCUGCCUUCCAACUUCUCCAACUUUACUUCCCCUGUCACAGAGUUCUGGGAGCACAAAGUGUUGGGCAUCAGCAGCGGCAUUGAAGACAUGGGCCCAGUCAAGUGGGACCUGGCUCUCUGUCUCUUGCUGGUCUGGGUCAUCUGCUUCUUCUGCAUCUGGAAGGGUGUUAAGUCCACCGGGAAGGUUGUGUACAUCACGGCCACGUUCCCGUUCGUCAUGCUCAUCGUUCUGCUGAUUCGUGGCGUCACUUUGCCCGGUGCCUCCGAGGGUAUCAAGUUCUACUUGUACCCUGAUCUCGCCCGCCUCAAGGACCCAGAGGUGUGGAUUGACGCCGGCACCCAGAUCUUCUUCUCCUAUGCCAUCUGUUUGGGCGCCAUGACAUCCCUGGGCAGUUACAACAAGUACAAAUACAACUGCUACAGGGACUGUUUGCUGCUGGGAGCCCUCAACAGUGGCACCAGUUUUGUGUCCGGCUUCGCAAUAUUUUCCGUCCUGGGCUUUAUGGCGCAAGAGCAAGGGGUGAACAUUGCGGAUGUGGCAGAGUCAGGUCCCGGCUUGGCCUUCAUUGCCUACCCCAAAGCCGUAACCAUGAUGCCUUUCCCCACACUCUGGGCCAUCCUCUUCUUCAUCAUGCUCCUGCUGCUUGGCCUCGACAGUCAGUUUGUGGAGGUGGAAGGGCAGAUCACAUCACUGGUGGAUCUGUAUCCGUCCUUCCUACGGAAGGGUUACCGCAGAGAGGUCUUCAUCGCUAUCAUAUGCUGCAUUAGUUACCUGCUGGGACUCACCAUGGUUACCAAGGGUGGCAUGUACGUGUUCCAGCUGUUUGAUUACUAUGCAGCGAGCGGUGUGUGCCUUCUGUGGGUGGCAUUCUUUGAAUGUGUAGCUGUUGCCUGGGUUUAUGGCGUUGAUAACUUCUACGAUGCUGUGGAGGACAUGAUCGGCUACAGACCAAACCCUUGGAUGAAAUGGAGCUGGUCUGUCAUCACUCCCGUCUUGUGCGUGAGCUGCUUUAUUUUCUCUCUGGUCAAAUACAAGCCGCUGACGUACAACAAAGUGUAUGAGUACCCUGACUGGGCCAUCGGAGUGGGUUGGACUCUGGCCUUGGCCUCCAUGAUCUGUAUCCCAAUGGUGGUGGUCAUCAAGAUCAUACGAUCCGACGGGCCUCUUAUCGAGAGGAUCAAGGCGGUGGCCGCCCCAGUCCGCGGCGGCGCCAGCUCCCGUCCGGCCGACCACCGCGGCCCACGGGAGCAGGCCUACCCCGUGGAUCCCAACGGGAACAAGGGAUUGCUGAUGAAGGGCCCUAGCCACACCAUCGUAGAAACCAUGAUGUAAAAAAAAAUGCAAAGCGGGACGGGAAGCUCUCCAUGAGAUCGCUCUCCUCCCAAUUGCUUCUCCUCAAGCUAACGCUAUUUAGCCGCCUUCUGUUUCACCGUCUGUAUGUCCGUCUGUUUCUUUGUCUACUGGGAUGAGAAAAAAAGGGUUUUAAGGAAGAAAAAAAGUAGUCUCAAAUCUCUUAGGAAUCCUUUACGAAGGAAGUUUGUUGUUCUUCUUCUUCGUCUGGACAAGAAGACCAUUGAGUCCUGGAAUCAAAAGUUCAGAGUUGGACUGAAUCCCUAAAAGAUAGCCAAUGAUGGCGGUAAUGUUUACGACACACAAACAACUUUCCCCGAAACCCCCAACUUUAAUCAUUCAAACAACUAAACCAGGGAUGUCCAAAGUCCGAUUUUGUACACUUCUGACCACUGUUACUUCGAAUCUAAACACACCAAAGUCCAAAUUUGCUAAUGUUGUAAACUAAUUAGGGACUGAUUUUAAAAUUCUGACUGACUCAGGCCAUAAAUUCAACAGGAAGUCAGACUAGCUAGGUUAAUAGGUGGCAGAUUUGGGAAGGAUUCCAGGGUAAGACCCAGGAUUUUGGUUAGACGUAACAAUUUUGGACAACAUUUGAUUUGACCAGUCUCUGACAGGGAAUUUGCCAAAUUGGAAUCGGGGGACAUUGGACACAUGGGCUGCGAUUAGGUCCGACAUUUUUUUUUCCCCGUUGAAAAGUCUUUACUAUCCACGCAACACUGUAAAUGAAUACAACUUUUCCCCAUUUAGAUUUUAAACUCCGAUUUGAUUUAGCCGAAGUAGCACAAGUCCAAAUCAGGGAUGCUAGUCACUUUGAAAUCGGGGGAGACUGUACACAUAGGCUGCGAUUAGUUUUAACAUUUUUUUUUUUCCUCGAAAAGAUUCUACAAUUCAUGCCAUACCGGUGUUCUGCCAAAAUAUGCUACAUCGGCGAAACGUCCUACAUUAGUCGAAUUUGACACCUAAAGUACUACCGUGCGCUCUUAACUUGUUUUGUUUAGAUGCAUACAGGAAUAAGGUACUAAAAAAAUGCCUGCAGAAAAUACUUAAAUGUAGUUAUAUCAAAUAAGGACGGUUUAAACACGCUACGUGACUAAUGUGGUCAACUGCUUCAAAGCUAACACAAAAAAACACAAUGGUUAAAAGUAUGAGAGGGUAAUACAUGCAAAAAGUAUCUUUGAGGCUGUGAAAAGGUUCUAAAUAACUAAAUAAAAACAAAAAUAGUGAGUAAUCACCGCCUCUAACCGAUGUGCGCAUGCGUGUGAAUGCAUGCGCAAGCGCCCUGAGCAUUGUGUAGGACGUUUCGCCGCGUAGUAAGGAAUGGCCGAACACCGGAAAUAAAUACAACCAUAGCCAUUUUGAUUUAAAACCGUUUUGAUUUGGCCAAAUUAGCACAAAUCCAAAUCGAGGAUACUAGUUAAAUGGACUUUGUUGACAACUUGGAACCACUCCAUUAAUUUUUGCAGUAAAAGCACUAUUUUUAGCUUUUUAGGGUUUAGGCCAAUUUCAUGUGAAGAUCGUUGAAAAGAUAUUUCAGCGUAAUUACUCAGAGGAGACCUACCUGACACAUGGACUCCAAUUAGUUUAAACAUGUAUCAUUUUAAUGGAAAGGUCUCCAGAAUCCAUGCCGUACUGAAAAUGAAUAUAAUGUUAGUAUUUUUUUUUUUUUGACUGAUGAAGUUUAGUCAAAGUAGCACAAAUCCAAAUCAGGGAUAAUGGUUGAAUGGACCGUGUUCAAUUUGGAAGGAUUUUACCCCAAGUUUUGGGAUUGGUAUGGAGUUUCUGAUAGUUUGCCAAAGAUACUUAGAUUAAGAAUGUAGAUUUUAGGUCAAUUUCGUGGGAAGAAAUCUGAACACAAGAUUCAGCCAAGUCAGAAUAAGGUGGGAAGCAUGACACAUGGACUCCCAAUUAUUUCCAAACCACUUUUUUUUCAUAGAAAAGUAUCUAGAAUCCAUGCUGUAUCGAAAAUGAAUACAAUGUUACUCGGAGGCCGAAUUAGUUCAAAUCCGAACUAGGGAUACUAGUUAAAUGGAAUGUGUUCAAUUUGGAAAGAUUUUACUUCACGUCUUACGAUUGGUCUUUGAUUAUUUGCCAAAGAUAUUUAGCUUAAAAAUGUAGAUUUUGGGUAAAUUUCAAGGGAAUAACUUUGACCAGAAGGACAGAGAGCCUAGACACAUAGACUCCGAUUCGUUCGAAAUAUUUUUGCGGGGUGUAAAAAUCUCUCAAAUUCAUGCCAAACCAAAAAUGAAGGUAAUGUUAGCCAUUUGGAUUUUAAAAAAAAAAAAAUUCCCUCACAGUUUUGGCUAAAUUGGCACUAAUCCGAAUCAGGGUUUCUAGUCAACAGGAGUGGAGUUUUUGAUUAUUUGCCAAAGCCUUUUUGGUCAAUUCCUUUGGAAAAAUACAAAUUCAACCAAAACCAAAUAACACAUUUAAAACAAACUAAAAACGAAUAGAAUUCUCUCAUAGUCGUUUUCCGUUUUACGAUUUUGGAUUCUAAGACAUAUGGAAUGAACAAAUAAUACAUUGAUGUCAAAGUACUUGUCACAAAAUAUUUUAAAAUGUAACCAAAUCAGUACUACGGAUACUACACUCAUGGCAAAACUUUAUACUUGAAUUGUUUUUUGUUUUUUUUUGUUUUUUGGAGGUUCCAAUUCCAAAAAUGGUACUUUAAAAUUAAACCAAAUCAGAACUACGAAUACUACAGUCAUAGCAAAACAUAAUUGACUUGAAGGUUGUUUUUUUUUUUUUUU